AGGACGGAGGGAGGGAGCUGGGGGCUGCCGGCAUCCGCCCCGCCGGCACACGCCGGGUGAGAGCAGCCUCGGCACAAUAGGCUGAGCCUCCUCGGGGGGCGGCGGAGCCCCCCUUCCCUGGGGAGCAGACCCUCUCCCCGGCCACCAUGGUGGUUUUCAUGGGCAGGAACCUCUCCUCGCUUCUGGCUUUCUUCAAGAAGAAGGGCGCUGCCAAGGGCGAGGGUGAGAAGCGGCUGAGCGUGCAGUACACGGCGGGCGAGGAAUGUCCCGACAACGUCUUCUUCCCCAGCACGCGGCCCCCACACCUGGAGGAGCUACACAACCAGGCCCAGCAGGGGCUGAAGUCCCUGCAGCACCAGGAGAAGCAGAAACAGACCAAAAGUGCCUGGGACCACGGGGACACCAGCAGCCUCCAGUCCUGCGCAUCCUCGGAGGAUGACAGCCUGUCCUUCCGGAGCCAGGCGGCCUCCUGUGCCACAGACAGCACCUCUGAGGAUGCCCUCUCCAUCCGCUCCGAGAUGAUCCAGCGUAAAGGUUCCACUUUCCGACCACACGACUCCUUUCCCAAAUCCUCAGAGAGGGCUGGCAAGAAGAGGAAAGAGAGGAGGACGACGGUGCUGGGCAUCCCCCAGCACAUCCAUAAGGAGCUGGGUCUCAGGAACAGCCAUGGAGCCAAGGGACAUCUCGAGGCAGAUGGGCAAGGGCCAGCAGGCUGCGGGGACAGCCGGGCAGCGCAGCAGCCCCUGCUGAACGGGGGGCAGGUGUCCGGCGACACCGUCCGCAUCCCCACCAUCGACGGGAAGCUGCAGCCUCUGCCCGUGUCCGGCGGCGCCCGUGUCUGCCUGGGAGCGUUGGAGGAGGCGGAUGCAGCCCUGCAGAAGCACAUCAACAGGGUUUACUACGACGACAGCUUGCUGGGGAGGAAGACAGAGGCAAAGCUGUCGCCCAUGGUGAGGCCAAAGUCGCUGGCCGUGCCGGGCAUGACCACCUAUGCCAACCCCCCGGAGAUGCUGGUCGGCCCCGUCAUGUCCAUCUCACCCCAGGGCACCUACAUGUCCAAGAUCAUCCCCAACGCCAUCCUGCCGCCCAUGGUGGAUGUGGUGGCCCUGACGAGGAGCAGCGUGCGGACGCUGAGCCGCUGCAGCCUCGUUUCAUCCAGCCCGGCCUCGGUGCGCUCCCUGUCCCGUUUCUCGGAGCGCAGCGCCCGCAGCCGCGAGCCCUCCUCCUCCAGCGACAACUGGAGCCAUUCUCAGUCCACGGAGACCAUCGUCUCCAACAGCUCCACCAUCUCCUCCCAGGGCGGCUGCGACCACCGGCAGCCCGAGGCGGGGCCGCACGGUGAGGCGGAUGCGGCGGCUCGCUCCGACACCGACCAAAUCAGCAUCUACAGCUCCACCAGCUUUGCCAGCUCCUGCUCCAAGCCCGCUGCCGGCCUCACCCCUGCGGUCCCCGGGCUCCUGGGCGUGGGCAGUGGCCGUGCGUCCCCUGCCUACAGCACGAGCAGCCAGGCAGACGGCUCGGACACGGCCAGCCUGGCCAGCGAGCGCUCCUCCGCCCGCAGCGUCUCCCUCAGGAAGAUGAAGAAGCCCCCGGCCCCUCCCCGCAGGACCUACUCGCUGCACCAGAAGGCUGAUGGGGAGCCCAAGGUGCUGGGGCUGCCCCCCAGGCCUGACCGGCGGCCCCAGCGGGAGAGCAGCGCGCCCUGGUCCCCGCGGGCCGAGCCCUUCAGCCCCACGGGCGAGGAUGAGGUGUUCUCUCCAUCGCUGAGCGAG